AUGACAAGAAAGCGUAGGACCUCUCAUACGAGUCAAGGAAGUGCCGGUUCCACAACAAGCGGCUCAAAUGACAUCUACCUGUCAACAAGGACGAGAAAAUCAAUUAGCAAGUCAAGACGCUCAUCCGCUGUGGAUGAGAAACCACCUUCCAGGCGAACUAGCAUGGGCACUACCAUUAGCUUGUUAUCACUACCCUCAUUCAAUGAGCAAUUAAGUGCUGCACAAGUAGCAAAUGCGCUCGAUGUUCAUGCAAUGUACAAAGUCAAAGUGGACAGAUCAAGCCGCAAGUUGGAAUACUUUUUUGGUGAACCAACGCCUGUUGAUGUCUGUGUCAGUGAAAUCAACAAAGAGGGCCUUAAGGCUAUGCUUGAAUCAAAAGUGCCUCUUUGCUACUUUUUGUAUCAUUUGCUAGGCGAAUUUAGCUCUGAGAACUUGUUUUUCUUUCUGGAAGUGGAGCAAUUUGAAAAUUACAAGAAGAAAUCCUCAAGGAAAUACAAAGAGAUGGCUCGACGCAUUUAUGACACCUACAUAUUGAAUGAUUCGCACUUGGAGAUCAAUCUAGAUGACAGAGUCAAGCGUCAAAUCGUGGAUCAAAUGAACGCUGAAAAUGACCAAAUUUGCCCCUCCAUCUUUGCUGAAGCACAAACUUCUGCAUACAUCAUGCUAGAAUCUAGUUUUACUAAAUUUUUGCGUACUUCUGUAUACGAAGACAUGGUUAAAAAUUGCGGCUUCCUGAAUAUUCAUUACGACAAGAUAGUUACAAGCAAUGCAUUGUGCUACUUGACACAGUACCUCCGCCAUCAGCAAGAUAUCGUGGUUAUGCAUAGUAGAGAUCAAGGUCCUUUAGGCGAUAGCUUUACUGAAAUGAACGUUAAACACUAUGAUCUCACAAGAGCUGUAGUAAAUGGAUUCAUUAAGGAUCUAUUUGGUAUCGAUUAUUUUGGUUCAUCCUCAUCCUCAUCAUCAGUGUCUUCCAGUUCAUCGUCGACCUCAACGAAACUGGAACAUCUCCCAUCCAAAAAACUCGCAAAGCGAAGAUCAUCUGUCAAAAUAAGAGAAAAUGGAAGACGAGUCUCAAUGUAA